AGAAUAAUUCUGUGGCAACACGAACGUCGCAUAGAUAAUGCACGGAGUACGAGCUAAGAUAUUAAAACUGCUUCUAUUUUCUAAUAAUUCGUGCCACAUAAAUGGAUAAUAGAACAAUUUUUGUUACCUACAUUCAUUGUUAUGCGUUUCUAACAUAGACUUAUAAAUUAACUAUUCCACUGUUUGACGGACAUUUAAUUGAAUGGAGCUUCACUACGAUGUGUCUAUACUGAUUAACAGGAAAAUAAUUUUAUUAUUCAUCCUAAUCUGAAUCUUAAUUACAUAAUUUAACCAUGUAUGAUCUAGUGUGAUUGCGAUCAACUAGGUACUGUUAUAUAAGUGAUUUGUAUUCAGUUUUUGACAGCAAAAUGUGGCAACAACAAGCCUUUGUUUUGGAUUCCAAAUUUAAUGCCUAUAGAACUUCAAACCACCCAAACUUUAGAACGCUUUACAUUAGGAGAAGAAGUCAACUUCUCCGAGAAAAAUCUAAACAAGAUGAUAUGAUUCCAGGUAUGAGAAGAAAGUAUUUACGUAUUAGGUCAGCAAUUUUACAAAACAGAUAUAAUGUAAAUUUUGAUAUGCAGUCCAACAGUGCCUGUAGCCAAAGUACUAGUUUGAUGAGUUUAAAUAAAGACAAACAAUUAGAAAUUGAUGUAGCACCUCGAAAGUAUGAUUUUUUAUCAUCACCUAUUCCAACCACCCAUGCUCAAGCUUCCAAAGCUAUUGUUGGAAAUAGUACUAUGGAAGAAAAUUAUGCAUUCAAUAAUGUUCACCACAUCUAUGAUCAGCAUUCAGAUGCAGUAACAAUGUUGAAGUUUGCUAAUAAUGACAAAUCAAAAUUAUGUUGUGCGUCAAACGAUGGAACUCUUAGUAUUUGUGAUGUUUUGACAUCACCACCAUGUGUAAAAGCUAUACUAAGAUGUCAUACAGGCCCAGUAACAGGUUGUGAUUGGUCUGCUUCGGAUGAAUUAAUCGCUAGCUGUUCUACUGAUGCCACUAUUUGCUUUUGGGACGCAAUUCGACAUUGUUGUCUAAGAUGUGUCAGUGAUCCUUUUUAUUCAUCUGUUUUGGUCUGUUUAUUUAAUCCUAUAAACAACAAUAUUCUCAUUACUGGAAACAAGGCUGGAUUUGUGUGCGUAUUAAAUGUAUCAACGGGUAUGUACCCUAAAGGUGGAAAGCACAAAAUUGGUGGUCAAAUUUUAUCUCUUGCAGUUAAUAGUAGUGGACAAAUAAUAUGGGUUGGAAAUGACAAGAGUGAAAUUGUGUCUCUCAAAUUAAACAGCAGUGAUAAUAGUAUUCUUACUAAGUGUCAUCGAAUUAUAACAUCUCCAAAUCGUGGUGCAAUUACUUGUUUGAGCUGGAGAUCAUGGAUUAGCCGAGAAGCAAGAGAUCCAAUGUUGUUAGCAAAUUGUGCAAAUAAUAUAUUAUGUCUUUACAAGGUUUCUGAAAAUGACGGUGGCUCGUUGUAUUUAAAAAAGAAGUUUUUGGUUCAUCAUGCUCGCAGUAAUCACUUGCUACGUUCAACGUUCUGUCCUAUUAUGUCAUUUAGACAGGGUGCUUGUGUUGUUACAAGCAGUGAAGAUUCUUGCAUUUAUUUUGUAGAUGUAGAAAGAGAUUCUAAUUAUGCCGUCAACAAAUUGCAAGGGCAUGCUUGUGUGACUUUAGGUGUUACUUUUAACUACGAUGAGACUAUAUUAGCAACAAGUGACGUGCAAGGGAUAAUUAUUAUUUGGUCUCGACAAUGUCAAAAGCAACAACAACCAUUAUAAUUACUAUUGUUAUAUACAUUAUAAUAUACUCAUUGUUAUUUUAAGGAGAUUCGAUACUGUGAUUUUCUGUUUUUGUCUAACACAUGCGCAACAUAGAAUUUUAGACGUGUUUUUUGCCAAACAUUCCAAUUAAACUGUUUCUAAAAACAGAUUUGAAUUUGUCAAGUCUACUUAAAAUUGACUUUCCCACAUGUUUGAUAUUAUGCCCCAAAUUCCUAAAAAUGUCAUAUUAAAAAAGAGAAUUUAAAAAUUGUCGCAUUUUAAUUUAUGGAGAAGCUAAAAUCAAAAAAUCAAAAAUGUGGGAAAGUUGAUUUCAAGUAGACUUGACGACAAAUUCAAAUCUGUUUUUAGAAUUCUUAUCGCUUCAUUAAAUCAAUUGGUAUGUUUGGCAAAGAACCAGUCUAAAAUCCUAUGUUGUGUGUAUGUUAGACAAAAACAGAAAACCACGGUAUCAAAUCCCCUUAAAUUCAUAAUAUUGAAGCUAAUUGAUUUAACACUAUGAAAAAGUUCAUAAUUAAUAAUGACAGUAUUUUUGUAAACUAUAGUUCUUCUUUUCUUUAGUGUUCCUCUAUUUCUUUUUCCUUAUACAUUAAUUUAUACAGUAAACUAUAGUUCUUCUUUUCUUUAGUGUUCCUCUAUUUCUUUUUCCUUAUACAUUAAUUUAUACAGUAAUUUUAACUGUAUCUGAGUCAAUACUACUGGAUUGUCAGUAAAAAUGCCUCAGGAAAAAAUAACUGGUAGAAAAAGAACCAGUGAAAAUAAUAUCCGCAUUUUUUGUUAUUACCAAUGUUUUAUUUUAUAUUAUAUUAGUAGAAAAAAAAUAUUAUUGUUAAUAUAAAAUAAUAUACCUAUAAGAUGUUUUAAAAUAAAUUAUGAUAUAAUUUAUAGUA